UGCAAGUGAGGUUAUAGCCGUUGACAGAAGCACGACACAACUGCUCUUGAACUCUAUCGCGGUAACAUGCUAAUAUGCAGCCAGAGGACAAUUUUUUCUGUCUAAAAAGGGAUUUGUUGAAACCCAGCGGGACUUUUUGCGUCCUCUUGGGCGUGACAGGAAGCGUCGCUGCCUUGAAACUGCCUCUAUUGGUGUCCCAGCUUCGUCAGCUCCCUGAGGUGGAUGUAAGAGUGGUUACCACAGAACAUGCCAAGCACUUCUAUGAUUCUGAAGAGAUUCCAGUAAAGAUCUACAGUGACAAAGACGAGUGGGAGCUGUGGACUAAAAGAUCUGACCCUGUGCUGCACAUUGAACUACGACGCUGGGCAGACCUACUAGUCAUUGCCCCUCUUGAUGCCAACACUCUUGGAAAGAUAGCAAAUGGCAUUUGUGACAAUCUGCUGACGUGUGUGGUCAGAGCAUGGGAUACCAGUCGCCCCCUUCUCUUCUGCCCUGCCAUGAACACAGCCAUGUGGCAGCAUCCUGUUACCGCCCAGCAGGUAUCCAGGCUGACAGAGUUUGGAUAUGUUGAAAUCCCCUGCAUUGCUAAGAAGCUAGUGUGUGGAGAUGAAGGUAAAGGAGCCAUGGCAGAGGUGUCCACCAUUGUCAGUGUUGUCAAACAGUACCUUCAGAAAGAAGAUGAGUCAUCUCAGAAUACCAGCACAUCACAUGACAAAUAGGAAAUCCCCACACUUGCAAAGCCAUAGACAUUUAUUUUUUAAAUUGCUGUAAAAAUAAACUCAACAAUCAGUUCAAUUUCAAUACAGUUGUUUACAUUCAAUAAAGUGACAGAGGAUUAUCCCAGGGUAAAA